AUGACCGGUCAAGCGUAUCAUCGGCGACAUCGAUGCGAUUUGGCCAGCGACGAAAAUGCGACUUCAGAUGUGAAUCUCAGUGUUGGUAUAAAGCUGAGAUCGAAGUCUGAUGUCAAUAAUGUGAAAAAAGCAGAACUUGACCUUCAAAAUGUGCAUCCAAAUGUCUCGUCCAAGAGGUCAACUAUCGAUUUGGACGUCAAAGAAUUGGUGGCAUAUUUGCGACAGCCUGAAGCACUGCAUCAUAGAGGUGCUUGGUCAUCAAGAACUCCCUUUGAGGCUCAAAGACUAAAGUCCCGAAUCAUGCGACCAUUCGAAUACGCACCAGCAAUUGAUGAUUCAAAAUUAUUCGUUCCAAUCUAUCUCAGAGAUGUCAAGCUGCUUUCAGAUGAUGAAAUACUGGAUUUUGAACCGCUUGAGAAAGAGAUUCCCAGAAGUGUAGAUUAUCCGCCUUUCUUUGGCGAGUGUGAACUAGAGAAGAGACUUGAUAAUGAUGACUAUGAGGGAAUUUGCCUUGCGAUGCUUCAAGAUGAGAUUUCCAGAAUUGUUGAUCGCAAGAGCCCUACUUUUGAAAAAAAUCUUGAGCUUCAGGAGAAGGAAGAGCAGCUGAAUGCGUUCGACAGACUUCUGUACUAUAUUUUUGGAUUCGACAGAUCUGGGUACUUCUCCUUAUUGCAAGAGCGCAACGAAUUUAUAGACAGGCCCUGGGCACGCUUUUUACAAGAUAAUGAUUCAGCUACCGCUGCUGAGCAUUGA